GGGCAGUCUCAAGCACACAGGAGAACACAGGGGCACACAGGCACACUCGGAGUCGCAGUGAGAAGAAUAGCUGCUGUGUGUGUGUGUAUAAAGGAUUUACCGCCUGCUUUCUGGUUUUCUCUGUUAGUUGGAAGAGACAGGAGGACAUCAGACUGCAGUUAUGGCGUCUCUGGCGCACAACAGCACAACUGAAUACACCGUCAGAGUCCCCAAGAACACCAGUAAGAGGUACAGCAUCAUGGCCUUUAAUGCUGGAGAUAAAGUGAACUGUUCUACAUGGACUCAGGCUCGGAUGGAGCGGGAUCUGAGUAACAGGAGGAUGUAUGGUGAGGAGGAGGUUCCUGAAGGAGCUGCUGGCAGUGAGUUUGGGAAGAAGCAGAGGGAGGAGGCUCGUAGGAAGAAGUUUGGGAUUGUAACCCGAGAGUUUAAGGUGGAGGACCAACCCUGGCUCCUCAAAGUCAAUGGAAAAGCAGGGAGAAGAUUUAAAGGGCAGAAGAAAGGCGGAGUGACGGAGAACGCUUCCUACUACAUUUUCACGCAGUGCGCUGACGGAGCCUUCGAGGCGUUUCCUGUUCACGCCUGGUACAACUUCACCCCAGUGGCAAAACACCGCACGCUCACCGCCGAGGAGGCCGAGGAGGAGUGGGGCAGGAGAAAUAAAGUGGUGAAUCACUUCAGCAUCAUGCUGCAGCGGCGGCUGAAGGAGCAGGAACAUGGCGAGGAAGAGGAGGAGGAAGGAGAAAAGGGAGCGAAGAAGAAGAAGAAGAAGAAGAAAGGUGGCCAGGGAGGAGACCUGCGUAUUCAUGACUUGGAUGAAGAUCUAGAGUUGAGCAGUGACAACAGUGAGAGCAGUGCAGGAGAAGAUGGAGAAGGACGUUCAAAGAGCAAGAAGGAGAACAACUCAAAAGCCAAGGGGAAAAAGAAAAAGAAAAAGAAGGGUAGUGAUGCAGAGGGACAUGAGGACAGCGAUGAUGGAGACUUUGAAGGUCUGGAGGUGGAUUACAUGUCGGAUGAGAGCAGUUCUGAGGAGGACGAGCCGGAGAAGGUGAAGCCCAGUAAAGGAGAGGACGUUCCUAAAGGAAUCGACGAAGCGUCAGAGAGCGAGGAGGAGAGCGAGGAGGAGAACAAGAAUGAGGAUGAGGCCAAAGAGGAGGAGGAGGAGGAAGAGGGCAAGAAAACACCUGUACAGGUUGAGAAGAAAAAGAAGAAAGACAGCAGCGGUGAGUCUGAGAGCUCCGAGGACAGCGACAUCGAGGGAGAGACGGCGUCUGCGCUUUUCAUGGCGAGUCCUGAUGCUUCCCUUCUUUGUCUUGUGCAGAAGAAGCGUACUCCUCCUAAACGAGGAGGCCGAGGAUCUGCUGGAAGUUCUAGAGCAGGAAGUCGUCCUGGAACUCCUUCCAUCGACCACGCAGCCACGUCCAACACACUCCGUGCUGCUGCUAGCAAACUGGAGCAAGGUAAGCGUCAAGCGGCGACGUCCAGCUCAGAAACUCCAGCUGCCAAGAGGCUGAAGAUGGAACCCACAUCUCAGAGUCCAUCAGGGAAGAGCACUCCACAACCAGCAUCAGGGAAAUCCACACCCAGCUCCAGUGACGUGCAGCUGACUGAGGAAGCAGUGAGACGUUAUCUGAUCCGGAAGCCCAUGACCACUAAAGACCUGCUGAAGAAGUUCCAGACCAAGCGCACAGGACUGAGCAGUGAGCAGACGGUCAAUGUCCUUGCACAGAUCCUCAAGAAGCUCAACCCAGAGAGGAAGAACAUCAACGACAAGAUGCACUUCUACCUCACUGAGUAGAGAGAGGAGGUUCUGCAGGAGGCGUGGCUAAGCACGGUGCUCUUCACCCUUCCUGUGGUGUGAUUGGGUUGUGAGGAGGUGGGCGGGGCCAUGUGAUGCAGCUGUAAAUACAGUGCUUUAUAAAAGAAACCAGUCAUUUUAACGAGUUAAUUUGGAUUAAAAACUAAAGUGAUGAAUAAAAGUUUGUGUUCUAAAAA